GAAGAUGAUGAUGGACAGGCAAAGGCUGAUCUGACCAUACACCCCAAAUCCUCACAGAUAUUCAGUGGAGAGUCUGUUACUCUCAGAUGUAACAUAAAGAGAGGAGAAGUCACUGACUGGAAAUACACAUGGCGCAAGGAUGUUGUAGAUUUCCUCAGUAAGAAGCAUGAAUAUGAGAUCAGUGAGGUUAAGAUGUCAGACAGUGGUGACUACAGGUGUUUCGGUACACAUAUUGAUCAGAAGAAGCAUUCUGAGUGGAGUGAUGAAGUCAGACUGACGGUGAAAGCUCUGCCUACAGCCUCAGUGAAGAUACUCACUACCCAGGAACCACUGUACUCCGGAGACACAGUCAAGCUGCAGUGUGACAUAUCAGACUACACAGACUGGACGUACCACUGGUUAAUAAAUAAAGAACGGCUUUCCAGUCACACCAGUAAAACCACCACCAUCUUUCUCUCUGACCAGGCUGGUCAGUACCAGUGUGAGGGGACAAGGACAAGACGGCCCCAGAAGUCAUAUCUCAGCUCAUCUCGCCACAUCAGCGUCACUGCUCUGCCUGAAACUACACUGACCGUAAAUCCAAACCCUGCAUACACUGGAGAGAUAGUAACUCUGACGUGUUCAGUGGGGUCUGACAGUGACUGGAGCUAUACAUGGUACAAAGACAAAACUAAGAAAGUAGUGCCCCAGUCUGACAGACACACUACAACAGGAGCCACCUUCACCAUCAGUAGAGCUGCUGAGUCUGACCAGGGCCUCUACUGGUGUCAGGGAGAGAUCCAGUCCAGAUCCAUAUCAUCAAUCAUCAGUGAUCCUGUCACUAUCACUGUGAAAGCCCUGCCCAAAGCUACACUGACCAUAAAUCCAAACCCUGUGUACACUGGAGAGACAGUAACUCUGACGUGUUCAGUGAGGUAUGACAAUGCCUGGAGCUAUACAUGGUACAAAGACAACACUAAGAAAGUAGUGCGCCAGUCUGACAGACACACUACAACAGGAGCCACUUUCACCAUCAGUAGAGCUGCUGUGUCUGACCAGGGCCUCUACUGGUGUCAGGGAGAGAUCCAGUCCAGAUCCAUAUCAUCAAUCAUCAGUGAUCCUGUCAAUAUCACUGUGAUUGAUAGACCUGUGGCUGUUCUGACCCUCCAACCCAACUGGCCUCAGAUAUUCAGUGGAGAGACUGUCACACUCAGAUGUGACAUACAGGGAGGAAAAGGGAUUGAGUAUGCUUUUUAUAACAGUGGGAAGUUGUUCUACUGGAAAACAGAGCCUGAGUACAGAAUCAGUCCUGCAAAGAAUGGUCUAUAUACCUGUGAAGGUCUUCAGAAAAUCAAUGGCUUAAAACACUCAGAGACAAGUAAUGCUAUACAAUUGACCGUGUUAGGUAAGUCUGUUUUUAUGGGAUUGCAAGAGAAAGAGAAAGAAUAGUGAGAAAAAGACAAAAGGGAUGA